AUGGGAACAGCGGUGGCGGCGGCCGAGAUGUCGGAGUCUCUGCUACAGCAGGAUGAGGUCGAUUUGGAGGAGCCGAUUCUCGACUGGAAGGAGCAGAUUACGAUCAGAGGGCUGGUAGUGAGCGCCGUCUUGGGCGCUCUCUUCUGCAUAAUCAUGCACAAUCUCAGUCUGACGGUCGGGAUCGUCCCGUCGUUUAACAUCGCCGCCGGUUUGCUCGGCUUCUUCUCCAUCAAAUCGUGGACCAAAUUGGGAUUCUCGUCCAAGCCAUUCACCCGCCAAGAGAACACCGUUAUUCAAACUUGCGUCGUGGCUUGUUAUAGUUAUGCUGUUUCUGUUACUUUGAAAUUGACAGAUAGCAACACUUCCAAGCUGCUAUUGGAAGAAAAGAAACGUGAUGAAAUUUUCCUUAGAGACAAAAUACCACUUUGGGUUGCUGCUGCUGGAUAUGUUUGUUUGGUGGCAGUAUCUAUGUCUACAAUGCCACUGAUCUUUCCACCUCUGAAGUGGUAUUUAGUCCUUUGUUCAUACAUAAUUGCCCCAGCCCUUGCCUUCUGCAACUCAUAUGGUACCGGACUAACAGACUGGAGCCUGGCUUCCACAUACGGAAAAAUUGGUCUUUUCAUUAUUGCCUCAAUAGUGGGGAGCAAUGGUGGGGUUUUGGCUGGUUUGGCAGCUUGUGGGGUUAUGAUGUCCAUUGUCUCCACAGCUGCUGAUUUAAUGCAAGAUUUUAAAACUGGUUAUCUUACAAAGUCGUCAGCUAAGUCUAUGUUUGUGAGCCAAAUAGUAGGAACAGCUAUGGGCUGUGUGAUUGCUCCUCUCACAUUUUGGAUGUAUUGGACUGCCUUUGACAUUGGAUCGCCUGAUAGUACGUACAAAGCACCAUAUGCUGUUAUUUACAGGGAAAUGGCCAUUUUGGGGGUUGAGGGAUUCUCUGAACUUCCUCAGCAUUGUCUAGCCAUGUGUACUGCCUUCUUUGUGGCUGCCCUGGCUAUAAACCUUUUGAGAGAUCUAACCCCGAAAAACAUUUCCCAGUACAUUCCCAUCCCGAUUGCAAUGGCAGUGCCAUUUUACAUAGGAGCUUACUUUGCAAUCGACAUGUUUAUUGGUACUGUUAUAUUAUUCAUAUGGGAGCGCAUAAAUAGAAAGGAUGCUGAGGAUUAUGCAGGCGCCGUUGCCUCUGGCUUAAUCUGUGGUGAUGGGAUAUGGACAAUCGCUUCUGCUAUAUUCUCAAUCUUCAAGCUUGAUCCACCCAUCUGCAUGGACUUCAAGCCUUCUGGAAAUAGCUGAACAAGUAAGCUGUGUUUGUUUCAAAUCC